GUGGAUCAGCGGCAGCAGCAGGAUGAUAUCAUGUUCAUCCAUCAGCUGUGGGCUUUAACAGUGCUGGAGUUGGGCAUGGCAGCAUAAUUAAGAACAGCUAAAACAAAAAAAGUCUUAUUUUUGUGUUUUGAUUGUUGGAAAAUCUGUGACUUUUUGGGGAUUAAAUUCCAUUUUUGUCAAAGCUGUGAAGAUUUUUGAAUAAAAUUGAAGGAGAGCAUAAUCCUUCCACUCAUCACUCCCUGAUAUCUAAUAAAAUGUGAUCAGUAGUUUUUUUUUUUUUUCAUUAUCGAUAUUCAGAAUACUGUGUAGCAACUUUACUCCUCCGCGUUUGCGCUCAAGAUGCGGAAGGUUAGUUUAGUCAGAGAACCAUCCUCAGUGCGCAUGGCAAAAGGGAUCAGUCGCUGCACCGAAUCCGUCAUGUCUACUUUGUCAUCUGCAGACCUUUUCUGAAGACGAUCCGGAAAUCUGUGUCUUCUGGCAUCUGCGCAAGUCCCGAUCAAAAGAGGGAAGAUCUCGCCAUAUGCGCUGGGAUGGGAUUGUGCCACCACAGGAUGCACACAAAGGCACCAGCUCCCCUGAACAAGCAAGCCUGAGGAUAUUUUACUUUGAGCCAAAGUGGGAAACGGAAUACUACUGACUUGCGUAAAUCUUGAUUUUUGCGCAACUGUGCUUUUUUUUUUUUUUGGAAAGGAACAUUUUGGCGCAGGAGACUCUGCUGCGUGCUUUUGCACAAAGAAGCGCGUCCGGCUGGCUUUGAGCUGCAGUCCACUUCACACCAACUGCAUUGCUACAACUGGAGGAGAGCACGUGUUUGUGAUGAAAGUGUGUGGCUGAAGCUUUGCUCCUGGACUCUUGGCUGGAUGGAGCGACUUGCGUCCACAAGUGCGGUGCUGAUCUGUCAUCCGCCUGCAGAUUAUGCCACUUUUCAAACACACUACAAUGUGACAGCGUGGUGCGCGCACAUGGAAGAGAUGCUGCCGUAGAAGUGCAGUAAGAGGGGAGCAGGACGGGGACCUCCAGCGCGGGCGCACGCACACCCGCGAACGGCGUCUCCGAUGAGGAGCUUGUCGCUGUCCGACGCGCGAGUGGUGCUGAAAUUCGGAUGAUGCCUGGCCAGCGACUGCGGGGCUGCCGCUCCCUGCACCUCAACGAGGACAACGGCCGCUUCGCGCUGCUCGCCCUCCUCAUCCUGGUGUAUCUGCUGUGCGGCGCUGCGGUCUUCUCGGCCAUAGAGAGGCCCUCGGAGCUGCGGGCUCACGGUCGCUGGAACGGGACGCUCCACAACUUUAGUGAGACCUUCAACAUCAGCCUGCAGGAGCUCAACUCCUUCCUGCGGGAAUACGAGGCUGCCAUCGCCGCUGGGGUCCGGGCUGACGCUCUGAGGGCAAGAUGGGAUUUUACAGGAGCUUUUUAUUUUGUUGGAACGGUGGUGUCCACUAUAGGUUUCGGGAUGACGACUCCUGUGACUGUUGCUGGGAAGGUGUUCUUAAUCUUUUAUGGACUUCUUGGCUGCGCCGCCACCAUCCUCUUCUUUAACCUCUUCCUGGAGAGAAUCAUCACGCUUCUGGCUGUGGUGAUGAAGGCCGUGAGGGAGAGGAGAAUUAGGAACAGCGGCCUGCUCCCACCGGGUAUCCACCAUGACUUCUCCGCCUACUCUCUGCCGGGAUGGAAGCCCUCCGUGUAUCACGUGAUGCUGAUUCUCGGCCUGUCCGCCAUCACCAUCUCCUGCUGCGCGUCGGCGAUGUACAGUCCUGUGGAGGGCUGGCUGUACUUAGACUCGCUCUACUUCUGCUUUGUCACCUUCAGCACCAUCGGCUUCGGGGACUUCGUCAGCAGCCAGAGCGCCGCUUACGAGUACCAGAGCCUCUACAGGGUGGCCAAUUUCUUCUUCAUGCUGAUGGGCGUGUGCUGCAUCUACUCGCUCUUCAAUGUCAUUUCUAUCGUCAUUAAGCAGGUGCUCAACUGGAUGCUGGAGAAAAUGAGCUGCUUGUUUUGCCAGCGCUGCAACAAAGCCAACGCUUUCCUGGGGAGACGCAACGCCAUCCGUCCGGGCUCCAAGAACCGCCAGGCCCGGCUCGGUCACUCACCUGACUCAGACGGACCUUGUGACAGCGACAACGAGGGCCGGAGAUUAUCAGGGGAGAUGAUCUCCAUGAAGGACCUUGCAGCCUCGAACAAGGUGUCCCUGGCCAUCAUGCAGAAGCAGCUUUCUGAGUCUGCCAACGGAUAUCCCAGGACAGUCUGUGGCAGCUCACGCCAUAAUGGUUUCUCUGGGGGGGUCGGAGCCCUCGGUAUCAUGAACAACAGACUGGCAGAGACAAGUAACUCAAGGUAGACACUAAAGUAUGGGAGAUCUUUGUAGCUUAAUACGCAUGACCAGUUUUUGAUCCACUUCGGAUGGGAAAUUUCCAACAGCACUGAUAGUGUAUUUUGGCUGAUUAUUUGACUUGAAAGAGACCGCAUGAAGACAGAACUCCAUAUGAUGUGGAAAUCUGGAGCUUGUUUCAUGAGCCUGAACCCCAAAACAGAACAAAAACAGAGGAACCCACACGUUUGUUGAAGCAACUGUUUGCCAAAAACAUCAGACUUGAUGACUGUAAA